AUGACUUCACAGAAUCCUUCAUACCACAUUCACUUUACUACUUCCUUUCCGUUCAUCUCUGGUAUGUCGGUAUCCGAUAACGACCGUCAUGCCAACUACCAGAACAGCCCUCCUCUUCCUUCUCAUCUCGAUGUAUUGCUUUGUGUCUCGACGUCACCUCAUGCUAGGGCCAAACGAAGAAUUGCUGCCCUUGUCGAAGAAGUCGAAAAUUUGAAGCAGGACAGAGCGACAAAGCAAAGGUUUGGACGAGCAGUCCGCCAAAUGGUUGCCCUGUAUACUCCCAUAGAGGAUCUAAUUGCCGAAAACGACCGAUGUUGUGAAGAUGAAGAAAACGCCCUCGAGUUCACUACAGAACAAAACUGCCUUCAACGUGGCUACAUCGAGCUCGCCAAGGCAUUACCGUGGUUCCAUGACAAGCUGGCAAAAUUUGACCACGAAGAGUCCGAGGAAAUGCUCAAAAAGCUCAAGUGGGGCGCGGACUCGGCACGUGGUGACGACACUGGAACUCUCAAAGACCUCGUGGCUUCGUGGGUCAAUAUCGAGUGUCAUCUGCCUUCACUCAUUAGAACAGAUGAUAAGCACCAUAGAGGCUUCAUGAGCGAUGUGUGCGGUAAAUUGCUCUGCCCAGCGGAAUGGCGCUGGGAUGACCCAGUAGUUAGAGCCGGUAUUCGUGACCGCACAACUGCUUUUAUCGUUUCUGAAAAUUCAUGGCCAUCGUUCAUGUAUGAAAACUACGAAGCUGACGCCAAUAAUCUGGAGCGUGGUCUCUUCAAGUCGAAGCUGUUACUUAUGGGCUUCAAGGCUAUAUUCACAUCCCCCUCCUCAGCCAAUGAGGUGGAUGGUGAUGGUGAUGGUGUUGAUAUCAUAGAAAACAACCGAUGCGCCCGGAGACAUUCAGAUCAAGCCAAAGUGAAGACGUGUGUUGCCUCCAUCAUAGAUAUGAGGAAGGUGACUCCUCGCACGAUUGCAUAUGCAGUUUGUCAGAUCCGAUUCGCACUUUCCAACGUUACCUCUUGGCGCACCGUGGAUGGUGAUUUCGACUACCAGAUUUUCUGGAACAACAUUGUGGACUUCUUCGAAAGCCCACCGGGCCCAGCUGCACAAGCCAGGGUGAAGGAUCUUCUUGAGUGGUGGACACGAAAAGUCUUUGGAAAAAAUCACCGGCAGGACCUGAUGCCAGAUGUUGUUACUCAAAUGUCCGUUAAUGCUCUCGCUGCCCAGAGACAGCAGAUGGAGGAUGCUACAUUCGACUCUAACUAG